UUCUGAUGGGUUGCAAAUCGCGGGCCCUAUGCAUAUAAAUAUGUGUAGAACUAGCCAUUCACAUAUCAGUCCAAACCAAAUAAUAAAAGGUUCAUAGCUUCCAUUGUAAAAAAUAAAAUAAUUAAAGAUGCUGUCUACAAUUUGUUUUGCCGCCAUCAGCGCGAUUGGCCUCCUCGCAAAUACCACGGAAGGCAGCAGGAGAAUCAAUGCGCGCACCAACGGUUCAUUAACCGCCUCAUACGCCCAAGCUGUAGAUGCCGCUAUAUGUACAAACAUAAGCAUUGACAGUGAACCGUCAGCUCCAGAAACCGUCACAAUCCUCAGUACACAACAAUUUGUCCUCUACACAGAAUCUGUGCGAAGGAACGAGACAUAUGCGAGUUGCUACCCCAAGGAGUUAGGAAUGCAGAACAAGGGAUGUGUGGUGUUCGCGUCCCAAGAAGAGUGCCAAGUGUUUCGCGAUGAUUUGCAAGCAGAUGCCCGGAGUAUGAUUGACGUCGCGCUAAUAUACACCGAUUAUAUUAGCGUGUGUUCUGCCGAGCAAGUAGCCACAAACGACACCGCAGAAUGCCAAGCUUAUAUUGUAAUCUAAAUGUACCUGGAUGCACAUAAAAUCUUAUAGUUUAUACUCCCUUUGUAAACUUAAAAAACUAUUGUUAUAUGCUUGCUUUGUGACGUUGACCUCUCCUGCUCAUCGGAUGUGCGUCGUGAUGGGUUUGAAUCAUCGCAUAUUAAAACAUACUCCGAACGAUAGUCAAUGCAUUUUUGUCUUGAAACAACACAUAUUUGCAAGGCCCCCGUUUGCAUCGAAUUUAUCAAUCUGAGUGUAUAUUGGAUCAGCUGGUGAGUUUCUGGAAGAAUACGUGUAUCCGUGUUUAUAUCCAGGGGCAGAUGAUGUAUUUUAAAAACGGCUAUCUACGAAGAGGUAUAAGUACGAAUAUUGCAUAUAUAUAUAUAUAUAUAUCGAUAUGAUAAU